UGGUAGCUCACUUAUGCACUGUGUAGUCUGGUUUGUAAUAUAACAUGUCAGCUAUGUACUGAAUUAGGAAGUGCUGAGCUGCAGCAGAUAUCAAUGCAACAGUUAUUUGAAUGUAGGAUGGUGUUUCUGGGACAGAGAUCAGCCGCCACAGUUUAAUCAUUAUCACAGCCGAUCGCUGACCAAUCAGGAACAGCAGACAACCAGGGGUCAAAAAUACUUAUUGAUCAUCUGCACAUAGUCCUGCACCCCAAAGUGGGACAUUCAGAUCAGACGAGUCCAGCUUUGUGGAGUGCACAGUUUGUUGCUCUCAGUGCUGGAGUUUUUCCUGUGAGACGACAUGAAGGCAGCAGUGGUUCUGCUCGGCCUCGUCCUGCUGCUGGACACCGCCUUCUCUGCAGAGGAGUCCUGCGCGAGUCGCUGCGGCUCCUUCGACCCACAGAGCAAAUGUCAGUGUGACUCCAUGUGUGUGUACUACGGAAGCUGCUGUGCCGACUUUGACACCGUGUGCCCUAAGAAAGUCGCUCGUGGUGACACCUUCGAGGAAGCAGAGGAACUUCCUGAAGCAAUAACAGAAUCCAACUUUACAACGGUCACACCAACUUUUAACACAGUUGUACCGACCACCCCGGCCUCUCCUCCACCUAUCACCACACUACAGCCCACGCCGCCCGUAGACCCUGAUGCAUCACACUGCAGCGGACGACCUUUUGAUGCUUUCCUGCAGCUGAAGAAUGGCUCCAUCUAUGCAUUCAGAGGCGAAUAUUUCUUUGAGUUGGACGACAAGUCCAUACUUCCUGGUUACCCCAAACUCAUUCAGGAUGUGUGGGGAAUCCCUGGACCCAUUGAUGCUGCGUUCACUCGCAUCAACUGCCAGGGAAAAUCCUACAUCUUUAAGGGGAACAUGUACUGGAGGUUUGACGGAGACGUCUUGGAUGAUAAGUACCCUCGGGAAAUUUCAGUCGGCUUUGAUGGCAUACCAGACAACAUUGAUGCGGCGUUCGCCAUACCAGCGCCGAGUCAUCGUGGCAGAGAGAAAGCCUACUUCUUUAAAGGGGACAAGUAUCACCAGUACGAGUUCAAGCAUCAGCCCUCCCAUGAAGAGUGUGUCCGCAUGAGCAGGUCGUCCCCAUCGGUGCUGUUCACACGAUACACCGACCUGUUCUGCGAUCAGACCUGGGAGGACCUUUUCACAGAGCUCUUUGGAGGAGGAUUCAGCAGUCCCUACACAGGGGCGCGCUACACCAGCAGAGACUGGCAGGGCAUCAGGCCUCCCGUCGAUGCUGCCAUGGUGGGACGGAUUUACCUCACUCCCAAGCCCACGCCGUCCUCUACUCCUCCGUACAUGAGGCGGGGCAAUCGGAGGAGAGGGUCACGCAGGAGGCACGGACAUCGAAGGCACAACCGCCAAGCGUUGUUCGAUGAUCUGUGGGGUUCUGAUGACUGGUUUGACUACCUCCACUUCAGUGACUUGUUUGAGGAGACCCCCACAGUGGAGCAGAAAAGCACGCCCGUUCAAAACGUGUAUUUCUUCAAAAGAGAUAAAUACUACAGAGUGGAUCUGCAGACCAAACGUGUGGACUCAGCCAACCCUCCUUACCCACGAUCCAUCGCAAAAUACUGGUUGGGGUGCAACGAAGAGGAUUCACCUGAUACAUCGAGGGCAGAGAAGAAAUAGGCCGAAUGAUGGAAGCUCACUUUGUGUUUUGGUCUUUUUAAUGAGUCUCCAAGUAAUAAUGAUGUU